GUACUGCAGGCGUUACAAAAUUUUCAAUGCAGAAUCAUUAGACGACUCCCGAACCCGCGCUCACAUCUUUUAUCAAGUAUUCGAAGUCGGAUAAUAGUAGCGUUAGAUAAAUAAAUGUGGUGCGCGUAUUGUGACGGUGCUCAGUUCAGUCAGUGUGUGUCAUCGUGUUGGGACCAUCGGUGCGCCAUUUAGCUCGCGAGAUAAAAAAACAAGGAAUGUGUUCAUCGCCGCGAUCGGUUUAGUUGAAACCAGUGUACCAGUUCGUGAUGGAGUGACAUAUUAACGCAGCAGUUAUGGCAAAUAUAUGUACAAAUACUCGAAGAAAGUGCAAAGGGUUCCGAAGGGGGCCGCAGUUCGGACUAUGGAUGUGGUGUAUAGUAAUCAAAUGUUUGAUCAGUUUACCGUGUAUAUUUUCGAUGUGUCAAGGAGUAGACAUAUCAGUUUCAGUGUAUCCUCCAAACAUGAUCAAACUUCUGUAUGGAAAGCCAUUAGAGAUCUUUUGUGUGGCUGAUGACAACUAUACUGCUGACAACUUGGAGUUCUAUAUUGGUGGAAAACAUAUAGACACGGAAAUUGUGAACUCCACCACAAGAAGGUUGUAUCUUGAAAAUUUAGAGAAGAAAGUUUACACAUACUAUUGCAGAAACACUGUGACAAACAAACAGUGCACCAGCAGAGUGCUAGUGGACGUGCCUCCCUCCAAUGUUACUGACUUUGGUUGUGUAUCAAAAAACCUUGAUGGACUCAACUGUACCUGGACCUCUCCGGAGAACUACAGCGUAAUAAACUACAACUUAACAUUCUCCAUACAUGGAAAUGAAGUGGAUCCGUGCAUAGCCACCAGGAUUGGCAAAUUAAGGUACUGUUCAUGGAAUACAGUCAGCCAGCCCAGGUACAAACAGAUGGAGGAAUAUUAUUAUUUUCAUUUAAAAUCUUGCAAUUAUUUUGGAUGCAUUCACCAGAAUUUCACUAUUGACCAUUUUUCUGUGGUGAAACCUUAUCCACCUGAACAGCUGAAGGUGCUCGGCAAUGACACCCACAGUGUGCUCCUUCAGUGGAAGAUUCCAAACAAUAUCUAUGACUUCUUGAAAUGUGCCAUUGUGCACAGGAUAGAGUACCAAAUAGCUAAGAUUGAUAACAUGCAGUACUUCCGUAGUGUCAAUGCCUCCAGCUUACCACCCAAGAAUAAGACUUACACAUUUUUGCUGUCCAACCUACCCUAUGCACACAUGUCAUAUGAGGUCAGGAUCUACAUAAAGUCCGAGUCUGCCACUGAAGAUAAAUUCUGGUCUGAUUUUGCUUACGUGAUGUUUACAACUGCAAGUGAGAGGCCUCGUCGGCCACCAGACACUAUUGCUGGAGCAUUUGACCAAUCCAUAUAUGAAAAUAAAAGGGUAAUAUAUGUGUACUGGAAACAACUUGAGGAAUAUGAGGAGGCUGGAGCUAAUUUCACUUAUAGAGUGGUUACAAAAGGCUCUAGAAACCCGCAAACAAUAUUCCCAGAUAAAAACAAAAGCUUGAGUUAUGUUAUACUUGAUGAUGCAACUUUAGAAGCGAUUGAUGUUUCCAUUUCAUCUGUUAAUGCUAUGGGCUCAUCUGUCAACAGCAGCCAUCUUUACAUACCAUCUAGAGCAGACACAGAAUCACUGAAUGUACCUUCUUUCACUAAACUUGCUUAUGAAAAUGGAACAUAUAAAUUGUCAUGGGUUGGUAUCAGAAAAAUUGACAACUACACUCUCUUCUGGUGUCAGCAUAAUACAAGUCAAAUCUGUACUGGACGCAUGAAUUUCACUGUGUUGGAUCCUAAUCAGAACACCCAUGUCAUAGAUCUGCCAAGGGACAGCAGGUAUCAGUUUGCAAUAUCGGCUAACAAUGGAUCCAAAACAAGUGGUAUGACAUGGGCAUCUUGUGACAUAUCUAAAGAUGGUAUUCCUAUGUAUGGGUUUCCUGUAAAAGUAAACCACGAUGCUCCAGGAAAGUCUUUUGUCAAAAUAACUUGGACAAUGUCUUGUACUUUGCAAGAAGGAAUAAUUAAAGGAUAUCUCAUCUCCUACUGCCCAGUCCUAGCUACUAGCAAUGUGUGUGACACUACAUUUGGAAACAAAUCAACAUAUUAUGUUUCUGAUCCAAAACAGAAGGAAGUUAAUAUUACUGGCCUUAAACCAUACACAACAUAUCAGUUUAUCCUGGCUCUGAACACUACUUAUGGAUUAAAAACUAUUGAAAAUGCCUCUACAGGAGUGACAACUAUUGAAGAUACACCCACAAGUCCCAGGAAUGUCAGUAUUUCUGAAGUGCAGAGUGACUCUCUAUUAAUUUCUUGGUAUCCACCGAAUCAGAAAAAUGGAAUUAUUGGAAAAUAUGUAAUUUUAAAUUAUGGAGAAGAAUGGAGAGUUGAAAAAGUGGCUGAUAAAGAUAAGAAUAUCUCUAGACUGCAUGUCCAACUAACUGGUCUUCAGGGAUUCACCAAUUAUUCAUUUUCUGUUCAGGCAUGUAACUCGGCAAUAAGAAGUUGCUCUAAGCCCAGCCCUGAAAAAGGCAUUUUUGUCAGAACUAGAAUUGGUCCUCCAAGUAUCUUAAAGGCCCCUUCUGUUAAAAGCAAUCCAGAUUACUUGACAUGGGAACCUCCAGAAUUUCCUGGAGGCACAGUAGAUCUCUACCAAAUAAAAAGGGUGAAAGACGAAAGCACUGCGGCUAAAACUGAGAUACUGAAUACAACUAAUUUGUCGUAUUCUUUAAUACUUUGUGAAGGAGUAGAUGAAAGUGAAACAUAUCAAGUCAGAGCAAUCAAUUUUGACGAAGAUCCCUUCUAUGGCAUAUUAACUGAUGGAUUAGAGGUAGCUAUGCCUUCAGUUAAAAAUAAAGGACAACUUGAGUAUCCUGGUCCAUGGAGUCCUGCUAGCUCAGUAUCAUGCAAGAGUAGGGAUGGACUUACCAUGAUUCUUAUUCUCACUACAAUAUGUGCAUUAAUAGGUGUUAUGUACGGUUCAAUAAAACUGUACAAAAAGUAUAGGAAAAUGGAAGAUAUUAAGCCUGUACUACCAAACGGCUUAGGUAUACCAGAGAAAGAUAUAUCAAAAUACGCAUUUGGAGGAUGGAAUCCCACAAAUAAGGACGAUAAACCAUCAUCAGACGAGAUGCUAUUACUACCGAAUAGCAGGACUACUGUGUCGACUCCAGAAACUAAACAAAACACUGAAAACAAUUGUGGGUCUAGCGACCACACCGACAGCACGGCCUUGUCGGAUACGUCGCGCGGGGCCGUCGAGAGACAAGCCUCUACUUCAGAUGACGGCUCAGACUCCUCCUUAAACUUGGAAGUCGAACCUGUAAGGGCUGACGAUAUUAAUGCUACCCAAGAUGAGGAGUCCUCAAAUUCUUCCGAUACUGACAAUUCUAGAGAAAAUACUCCCUAUUUUAGUGACAAAGUGUUCAAGAAGAACCCUAGCGGUUAUGUGCAACCAGUAGUAAACCCCAUCAGCGGAUACGUACAAUCGGCACCGGCACCACAUGCAAGUCCUAUUGCAAAACCUACAGCACAGCCUACCAGCUCGAGUUACGUAAUGGCUGCUCUAGCCCCGCCCAUAUUCACGACAGGGGUUGCACAACCUAGCGUCCCGAGCCAACCGCCAGCGUCGUCAGGCUAUGUGAUGCCAGAGGACGCCCAAGCAAAGUCCAUGAUGAACUUCCCUAAAUUGGGACCCUCGCCCACAAAAGUUUUCGGGUCGGAAAGCUUGCCGAUAAUGCCUACCUUGCCACAGCCAGUGAAACAUGGCGCCGACAGCAGCUAUAUUCAGUUGCAGUCUUUGGACGCUUUACCUAGUCAUAAGCAACCGGUACGAAACAGUGUGCCGCUAAAGCCGCCGGCAUCGAGUGGCUACGUGAGCCCCGGCGACGCCGUCAUCAACAAGCACCUCAACAACAUGCUGUCGGGAGGACAGCACGAGGAGUCCGCCAUACUGGACCCGACCAUGUCACCCGAUGCCUACUGCCGAUUCUCUUGGAGCACUGACCCCGCGAACGAUAAUCUUCACUCGUUGCUUGCCGACUCGCAUACGUUGAACUUGUCGAAAAAUUGA